AUGGAACCACCCAACUUCUUCGACCUCCUCGGCAAGGACCUCCUCCACGCCAUCCUCGACCACCUCCGCGACGACCCUUUUGCCCCAAAGUUUUUCUCCCAGGUCUGCAAAUCCUUCCACGACCUCGAGUCCACGCACCGCAUCACUCUCAAGCCGCGUCGCCUGGAUUUCCUCGCCAGAGCCCCUCAGCGCUACCCUUCCAUCAUCCACCUCGACCUCACGCUCUGUCCCUGCGUCGACGAUUUGGCCCUCAAGGCCCUCUCGCUCGCUUGGUGCUCUUCCCUGCGCUCCGUUGACCUCUCCAGGUCCAGGCUCUUCUCGCACGUGGGGCUCUCCGCCCUCGCUCUCAACUGCACGCGCCUGGUGGAGCUUGACUUGUCCAACAGGCCUGACCUCACCGACGUGGCGGCAAAGGCAGUCGCCGAGGCUGUGAACUUGGAGAGGCUGCGUUUGGGAAGGUGUAAGGGAAUAACGGAUUUGGGGAUUGGGUGCAUAGCUGUCCGGUGUGGCAAGUUGAGGCAUGUUGGGUUGAGGUGGUGCAUUCGUGUCACUGAUUAUGGGGCUGGUUUGAUUGCUAUGAAGUGCAAGGAGAUUCGGAGUUUGGAUCUUUCUUACAUGCCGAUCACAGAAAAAUGUCUUCAACAAAUCCUUCAAUUAGAACAUCUAGAAGAUUUGAUUCUUGAGCAUUGUCUUGGCAUUGAGGAUGACGGCCUUGCAACCCUCCAAGCAAACUGCAAGUCAAUGAAGAUGCUUAACUUGUCAAAAUGUCGAAUUGGUCGUGUUGGCAUAGCUUCUCUUACAAAUGUUGCUCAGAACCUAGAAAAGCUUAUCUUAUCCUCCAGCCUGGUUGUUACUCCCGUUGUAGCAAAAUGCCUACAAAGAUUUUCAAGACUGCAAUUGGUUAAACUCGAUGGUUGUCUGGGUACAAAGUCAGGAUUAAAAGCCAUCGGUAAUUCAUGCACCUCACUCAAAGAAUUGAACUUAAGCAAAUGUGUUGGAGUCACUGAUGAGAAUCUCUCCUUCCUUGUGAAAACAAACAAAGAUCUAGAGAAGUUAGACAUAACAUGCUGUCGCAUGAUAACACGGGAAUCCAUAUCCAGUCUAACAAAUUCAUGUUUACGGAUUACUUCCCUUCGAAUGGAAUCUUGUAGCUUGAUCAACAGAGAAGGUUUCUUGUUUAUUGGUCGGUGUCAACUGUUGGAAGAAUUAGAUGUCACAGAUACUGAAAUAGAUGACAUAGGGCUUUGUUCGAUCUCAAGAUGUACCAAACUUUCUAGUCUGAAGUUGGGCAUAUGCUUGACGAUAACUGAUAAUGGACUUAAGCAUAUUGCAAACAGUUGUUCAAAGCUCAGACAUCUUGAUCUCUACAGGAGCUCAAGAAUAACUGAUGAGGGAAUUGUUGCCAUUGCCCUUGGCUGUCCUUCACUUAAGGUAGUUAACAUUGCUUACAACUGCAACAUCACGGAUUCUUCACUAGCAUUUCUUUCAAAAUGCCAGAGAUUAAGAACUCUAGAAAUCCGAGGGUGCCCUCAUAUUUCACCACAGGGUCUCUCAAAUAUUGUUGCCGGUUGUAAGCAUCUUGAGAUUCUGGACAUAAAGAAGUGCCGCAAAAUUAAUGAUACUGGAAUGGUUCAGUUGGCUCAACAUUCUCUAAACCUAAAACAGAUAAAGCUGUCAUAUUGUUCAGUAACAGAUGUGGGGCUGAUUGCACUUGCUAGCAUAAGCUGCUUGCAGUACAUAUCCAUUUUUCACGUCGAGGGUUUAACUUCAAAUGGCCUGGUAGCUUUCCUUCUGGCUUGUCAAAAUUUGACUAAAGCGAAGUUACACGCAUGCUUUGAGUCAUUAAUACCUCAACAAAUUCUUAAAUACAUGGAAGCUCGUGGAUGUGUGCUUGUUUGGAGGGAAAAAACGUCUGAAGCCUCCGGGUAUCUACCUUUUGGACAUUUCGGCCCUUUAGCUCCAGCUAGUCAUAUGCAGGAAGUGAAUCAUAUGUGA